AUGAGUGGAAACAAAUAACAAAUUGGAGAGAGAGAGAGAGAAGAAUUCGUAUCUCUCUUUGCAUUUGUUUUGCACUGACAUCAUCAUAACUGUAAAAGUUCACUUUCUCUUUUUCUCCUCGUCUCCGAUUCCAAUCUCCUGAGUCCUCUCUCUCUCUCCGAUUCAACACUCACUAUGACGAAAAGAUCAGCGGACGAAGCGCCUCCUUCAAUGGAUAGCAGCACAAUUGGACCUAACUUUUUGGGUUGCUACAGAGAUCAAAUCGCAGAGCUCUUGUUUCAAGAAGAGAGGAUCCCUCUUCAUGAAGAUGGGGACACUACGAAGCCUUCUACUGAAAUUAUAGGAGCUGGCAUCUCAAGUCCAAAAAGAGACAAGUUGAAAGCUUUGUUAAGGCAGUGCGUGAAAGAUCUCCUUCCUGGGGUUGAUGAGAUGCAGUCGCGUGCUCGCAGCAUGCAGCUAAUGUCUCAAUUGAGCAACACAAAACCAUCAAUCUCAGUAACUAAUGAAGAGGUGAAGGAAGAUGUACAGUUACUUUUGAAGUCUGAUCCUGGUCUUUUCAAUGAAAUAGUGAAGAAACAUACGGAUGAUGUACUUGCCAGCCUGAACAACAUGCAGCAGCAAGCGAAGAAACUUCUUGACGAUGUGGCCACUUCAUGCAGACCUAUGAGCUGGGACGAGAAGAGAGAUCUUCAGAGAUCAAUCAAGGAGCUUCCUGGAGGAAAUCUGAAACGCGUAGCUGACAUCAUCAAAGACCACUAUGUAGCUUCGGGGAAAGAAUUUUCUGAUGAGGUCACAGUCAACUUGGAGGAGGAAGAUAACGUAAUGCUUUGGAGACUGCAUUUCUAUGUGGCCGCGGUGAAAAGUGCGAGGAAACUAGGAAGCUAAGUAGUAGUAGAGGUACAUAUCACAUACUCUUUUAUCCCUUGUCCCAAAGUUGUGAGUAUGUUAGGAACUGGCAAGGAGCAAAAAAAAACUUAGCACCCACAAUUUAUCAACUUGGGUUUUCUUAGCAUUUUAACUGGAAAGUUCGUUGUGGUUAAAAGUACAUAGAUUUUUUUUACAAAGUUUUGGUCUGCCUUGAACAAAGAAUCUGCGAAAUAAAGUUUUGAUUCAGCA